CGUCAUCGAGUCGAAGACAUGUUUCGCCUCGUCCGGGUGCUCGUUGUGAGCGUAGGCUGCCAGGAUCGCGUUCCACGCAAUGACGUUGUGCUGCGGCAUGAGUUCAAACAUAAACUUAGACUCCUCAAGAUGCCCGGCUUGGGCAUAUGCGGUAACCAUCGCAGUCCACGACACAAGGUCUUGCUCUGGCGCCCGAUCAAACAUCUCCUUGGCUUUGUCAAGGUGCCCGAGCUGGACGAACACGGCGACGAUGAGCGUCCACGAGAAGACAUUCCGGCGCUGGAUGGCAUCGAAGGCCGCCCGCGCGCCGUGGAAGCAGCCGCAGCGGCCAUACAUCUGGACGAGGAGAUUGCCCAGGAAUGUGUUGGAGGCGAUGCCGGCGUCCUGGAUCUGUGCAUGGAUCCUCCGCCCGCGCUCCAGAUCCCGCUCCUGCCCGCAUUCGCGCACCACCUUCGCGAACGCGUUCUCCUGCUCGCGGAGGUCGAGGCUGUGCGACUGGAGCACCGCGCGCGCGAGCCGCCCCCAUUUGGAGGUGCGAAGCAUGCAUUAGGGCUUCUUCUCUCGCGUUCAAACCAGAGCAUAUUCUUUUGGUCCUCCACUGAGUCACUUCAUCAAAUCUCUACCCCGGAUCUCGCUCUUAGAUUCGGGAGCUUCGUGCGGUUAGGAUCAAACACGAGGUGAGUGUAUCUUGGAUCGACAUGUCUCAUGCCUUCCUGGCGCUACGCGUCGGCGAGCUAUAGAAGGGGCGCAGCGUUAGAAAAUGUUAAAUGUUCUUUCCUGGUUUCUUGGCUUUCGAUCUUGGGCAGAAUGUACAUGAUUUUUCUCCUCUCUGCUGACGUGAUCUCGGAAUUGGCAUCACGAUGCUAGCUGGUGACACAAUGCAAUAAUGGCCGUCCAAAGCUCCUGGGGAAAGCAAUGACCGUCCAAGCUUGCAGUAUGCCUCCGUCCCGAGGUCUCAAUCCGAGUUUUGGCCAAAGUGACAUGAGCUGCGGACUUGGAGAUACGGGAGAGUGGCACAGGCCCGCAAGAAAGCACGGGAACUUCGCAAACAACGCCAGCUUGUUACAUUUAAAAUACACCGUGAAGCUCCACAAACAAACAGUGUCGGAGAGGCUAAGGUUAAAAAACAGAGCAACCUAGAACGACACAAUUGAUCGCAGCGAUGAGAGAACUCACGAAAGAGAGAGCUUGAGCAACACUACACUCAAAGCUUGAGUAAGUUCCCACAAAACAUUUUGUUUCCUCCAACUGGGAGAUGAGUGAGAUUAAACCAUUUACUGUAGCUUAUCCUCUCGCAGAAACGUCUAGAGAACAAGCGUCGCUAAAACUUUGAGAUUGAAGUUUCUGUAUGCAGGCAUACACAAUGCAAAGCUUGCUGCU